GCACCUUCCAAAUAAUCCAGCGACACACAUCAUAUUAUGGACGUGAAUCCAAAGCACGAAAAAAUAAUCAAAAGAAAGAACAGAUUUUUAAACGGAACACCUCCGCGCCGGACUUCGAAAAACGACCUUCACCACCUACACGGCGGCUAUAUUUUCCACACACAUUCUAUCUAUCCAGAAACCAAACGUCGAUCUCAAUUUUCUACCUACUAUAUUCAUUGUUUUCGAUAAUCUUGAGGUUGAAAGGUCGAAGAUUUCGGGGCCUUGAAUUCAAAGAUCGGAGGUUUGAGUCUAAUAAAAGAAAAUGGCCUCAUCGGGGCCGGAGCCCACGAUGAAUAAAAGCUCCAGUAAGUCAAAGGUGAUAAAAUCGAUCAGGAGUUGUUCUUUGUCGGGAAUGAAGGUUUCUAAAGAUAAAUUAAGGCAGAAGAUCACGAUGCCUGAGUAUUUACGUCUUGCGAUCAGUGACGCCAUUAAGGCUAAAAAUAUCAAUGCCGGAAAACACCAUUUCGAUGCUAACAAGCUCGCUGACUUUUCCGAUGAUGGUGGUGAUAAUCCUCCCCCCGUCGCCCCUGAAUCGCCUUUGGUUGUUUUUGUUAAUUCCAAGAGCGGUGGCCGCCAUGGCUCUGAGCUUUUAUCCAAGUUGCCGGAUCUCAUGGGCGAAGAGCAGGUCCUUGAUCUUCAAAAUAUUAAACCUCAUGAAUUUGUUCAAUACGGAUUGGCAUGCCUGGAAAACUUUGCAUCUCUUGGAGACACUUGUGCCAAAGAAACUCGUGAAAGAUUAAGGAUUGUGGUUGCAGGAGGUGAUGGGACAGUUGGUUGGGUUCUUGGGUGCCUCGGUGAGCUUCACAAACAGGAUCGUGAUCCGGUCCCACCAACAGCAAUUAUUCCUCUUGGCACAGGAAACGACUUGUCCAGGAGUUUUGGAUGGGGUGGUUCGUUUCCUUUCAAAUGGAAAACAGCCAUAAAGAGGACUCUUGACAGGGCCAUUCAAGCUCCACUUGGUUGUCUUGAUAGUUGGGAGCUUUUAAUAUCAAUGCCGGCUGGUGAAGAAUUGGAUACCCCACAUGCAUUGAAAAAAACUGAAGUGGUGGCUCUUGAUCAGGAUUUAGAUAUUGAUGGGGAAUUGCCUGAGAAAGUUUCUUGCUACCAAGGAGUCUUCUACAAUUAUUUUAGCAUAGGAAUGGACGCCCAAGUGGCUUACGGUUUCCAUAAUCUACGGAAUGAGAAACCAUAUCUUGCAAAAGGUCGUAUUGCAAACAAGAUAAUUUACUCCGGAUAUAGUGCCAAACAAGGAUGGUUUUUCACGCCUUGUAUGACUGACCCGAGCUUGAGGGGACUAAAGAACAUUUUAAGGAUGCAUAUUAAGAGGUUAAACAGCCCAACAUGGGAACUGAUUCCACUUCCCUCUAGUAUUAGGUCCAUAGUCGCUUUGAAUCUUCAUAGCUAUGCAAGUGGAAGGAAUCCAUGGGGUAACUUGAAGCCCGAAUAUCUAGAAAAAAAAGGUUUUGUGGAGGCUAAUUCAGACGAUGGUCUAUUGGAAAUCUUCGGAUUUAAACAAGGAUGGCAUGCAUCAUUCGUUAUGGUCGACUUAAUAUCAGCAAAACACAUUGCACAGGCAGCAGCAAUUCGAUUUGAGAUAAGAGGUGGCAUGUGGGAAGAAGGUUUCAUGCAAAUGGAUGGCGAACCAUGGAAACAACCCAUGGACACUGAUUAUUCAACAUUUGUAGACAUAAAAAGGGUUCCAUUUCAGUCUAUCAUGAUUAAAGGGGAGAAUACUCGUUCUUGA